GAUCCACGGCGCAUGCUGUCGCCAUGGCCGCUGCUCCUGCCGUUGCUUAUGUUGAUGCCAAGCUGCGCUGGCACACCCUUCCAAAAUAGAAGCGAGCUAAAAGAGGCUGUCCAAGAUUGGCGGUUCGAGAGAAUUCGACUGACCUCCAAAUAUGGCCCCAUUGAAAGCUGGGAUGUGUCGAAGGUGACCAGCAUGAGAAAAUUGUUUUUUCAAGACAGGUCGUUCAAUGAAGACAUUCGAGCUUGGAACACCUCUGCGGUGGUAGACAUGGCAUACAUGUUCUACGGUACCUAUGCGUUCAACCAGCGAAUUGGUUCCUGGGACACUUCUGCAGUGACCACCAUGGAGAGCAUGUUUGAAGGUGCCAGGGCCUUCAACCAACCAUUGAAUUAUUGGAACACCUCCACGGUGACCAGCAUGAGGAAGAUGUUCGAUUGGACCGAAGCCUUCAACCAGCCAAUCGGUAACUGGGAUACCUCUGCAGUGACCAACAUGGAGUAUAUGUUCCACGGGGCUGAUGCGUUUAAUCAGCCAAUCGGUAACUGGGAUGCCUCUGCAGUGACCACCAUGGACUCCAUGUUUUUCGCUGCCACGGCUUUCGACCAGCCGAUUGGUUCAUGGAAUACAUCUGCCCUGGAAUACAAAGAUCAGAUACACCAUGCCCUCCUGCCACCCUGCGAUCCGGGUAGAGCUCCUGGAAAAAAUCUCCUCAUGUGCGAGCAGUGUGGGGUGGGGCAAUACUCCAAUGGCAAGUCUUGUCAAGGAUGCCCACCAGGUUCGGUACCCUCCGAAGACCGCAGCACAUGUAGAGAUUGCCAAGGGCUCCAGUACUCUGCGGGAGGGGACAGCUGUCUGAUAUGCGACUUGCCAUUGAUCUUGGUGGACAAUGACUGCGUCUGGUGGCACUUGCCUGUUGUGGCGAUCACUUUGUUCGUUUUGGCGGCCGCUGUUCGUUUCCUGUCUCGCUGUCUCUGUUCCAAACGAGCAAUCAAACGAGGAAAGAAGAUUGCCUUCGUCAUGGAAGAAGUCUAUGACGAGUUGUGGGAUGAAGGGCCUGCCACGGUGGCCACAUACACAGAGAAGUUGGUAAGUCUUGGCCUGCAAAAAGCUCAAAUACAACAGAAAUUGUGCGAGAUGCGCGCUCUGCAGAGCGAAAGAGCCGGCGUGAGCAUCGGAUAUCUCCUUUCAGGAGAUUUUCUGCAGCUGGCAGUGGAUCGCAGCGGCAAAGAUGACCCAACCUUUCUGGACCUCAAAACAGCAUUUUGGUUUUCAGAGCAGCCAAUCGGCCAAGAGAUCAUCUGCCCGCGGGAUGGAAAGGCGGGAUGCGCUUUGGUGGACUGGAUCCCACGGGAGCAUCGCAGAGAGCAAACCCACUUUAUGAGCUGGACGUGGAAAUACAAGGUCCAGCAGGUGCAAAGCGCAUUGCAGAUGUUUGGAGACGGUUUGGUGAGGCCUUGCUAUUUCUACGUCUGCUUUUUCGUGAACAACCAAUUCCGAAUCCUUUUGGAUCAGACUGCUGCGGGCAGCGACAAUCUCGACACGGUUUUCCAAGACAACUUGAAGCGAAUUGGCAAAAUGGUUGCCAUUUUGGAUACAUGGGAGCGACCCGUGUACCUGACUCGCAUUUGGACGGUCUAUGAACAGUUUGUUGCUUCCACAAUUCAAAUCGAGGUCAUGUUCGUCAUGCCGAAGGCCACGGCGAACCAGUUGCAGCGUGAGAUCGCAUCGGGCUCUGAAGGGAUUGACAGAGUGAUCGAUGCGCUGAGCCAGGUGGAUUCGGCCAGAGCAGAAGCAUGGAAAUGGGAGGACGAGGUCAAAGUGAAAUCUAUGAUCCAGGAGACUGUUGGUUUCCAGCAUGUUGACGCUCACGUGACAGAUGUCAUGACCACGUGGAUUGGCAAAGUUGUCGAACAGACAUGCCGAGAGUUGCUGAAGAAAGCACGCGCGCAGAAGGCCUUGGCGAGUGGAGAUGGCGGCAAGGGGAAGGCCAGGAUUUGAGUGUCAGUGAUCAGUGACCCAUGCUUUAAAUGCUUUAACGACUAUACAUUCAAUAAACAUAUGAAGCAGGAAUAAUGUGUUCCAUGCGCUAGCUGAUGCUGUAAUUCAAUUUGCAAUGAACACUUUUGAUGCUGGACGCUGUAAAGAAGUGUUGUCCAGUGAGAUUUUGUGCCCUUGGGAUGUCGGACAGCCCGACCAUUAGGGCCUGUAGAGUUGCUUACAGUAUCUUACAGUCAUGUACCAAGCGAGACCUUCUUGCAGCAUGAGGGAAAAAAAGA